AUGACCAAGUUCUUGGCUGGAAGGAAUGAACCGAAACCCACCAAGGUUCAGAGAAAAGAGCCAAAUGGUCUGAAAUUUCGGCCAAAAAACUCCUCAAGCAAGAGUCUGAAGGUAUGGAAAAAUGAACCAACCAUUCAAAUUGGAUCAGAGAAACUAAUGAAAUACGCAAAGGAGCUUGUGAAAUCUCAUCCAGAAUUGAGUAUCGAUCAAGCACUCGCCAUCGAAAAGCAACGUGAACAUGACAGGAAGAGACGAGCUGAGGAAAUGGUGGUUGAUCCGUACAAGAGUUGUCGGAUCGAAGAAUAUUUCGAGAUCUACAUGAAAGAAGCUGAUGGUAUUAAGAAUGAGGAAAUGAAGGAGAAUUGGAAAGAAGAGGAGUAUCACAUCAAGGAAAUUGUUGAAGAUAUGGAGGAAAUGAUGAUCAACAACAAAGAAAACUUCUAG